AUGUCUCCAGAUUCCACGUUUUCAGACACUUGUGAUAUCCCUGUCACCGUUGCCGAUGACUGGUCUGGUGUAACCAGUAGCCGCAAGAGACGCAAGAUACAAAAUCGCCUGAACCAAAGGGCAUACCGAGCUCGCAAUCGCCACUUGAAAUCUAGCAAGCAGGAUGGCUCGAGAGAGAAUCUGGCUGCCACAUCGUUGUGCCAAGAACUGAUGAACUUCCGCUCUGGAUCUGGCGGCAGCAUACGGAUGAGUGAUCUCAAGAGACUGAUGGACACAGUAUGCGUACUCCAAGUACACUCGGAGCACAACAAGUCGGCCUUGCAAGCUUUCGAGGUGUUUGCUCGUCACUGCUCUGCCAAUGCGCCGCCACACCUCGAAUUCUUGCCCAUUCUCACCCAGUUUCAUUUUACCCGGGCUCUAUUUGUCAAUGUCGACGUAAUGGGUCUAUCGCAAAAUCAAAUGCACGACGACGCUCUGUCCCCAUUCAACAUCACGGGUCCUUGGGACACCGCCAUGGCCCCCAAGCUGGACUCGUUACCUCUUGCCCUAAGGCCUACCGAGCUACAGGUCACCAUACCGCAUCAUCCCUGGAUUGAUCUCCUCCCCUUGCCACAGUUCAGAGACAAUAUUCUUAUAGCCCUAGACAACGACCUGGAUGAAGAAGCGCUGUGUCAAGCAUUCAGUGGCCGUACCCGGUCUGAGCCGCCCGGCAUCAUUGUCUGGCAAGAUCCUUGGGACCCAAGCGGAUGGGAAAUUUCGGAAGCCUUUGCUAGGUCACACGGCUGGCUUUUGAAAAACUGCUGGGCCCUGUUUGAUUCGACAAACAAGUGGCGGGCGCGUCGUGGGGAGCGACCGUUGCUCCCACGCCGGCCGUCCGACGUAAUUCAAGAGGUCUAG